GCCGCUCCCUCCAACAUCACGUGUGGGGGGCCUACGCCGGGAAACGCGCCAACCUAGUGGUAGAACAUUUAUUUGCCUGUAGCUGUCGCAUUGAAGAUUCUCCCAACGCACGUUGCGCCGCCGCCAAAAUGCCGAAAUGUAAGCAAAUGACUGAUUGUGUAUCUUUGAUUGUUAUAGCGAUGCUAACUCUGGUUGCUUCUAGUCUUCUGUAAGCACUCCCGCUCGAUUCGGCCUGCGCCCAACGCCCGAGUUCGCCUCGCCGCAAAUACACCACAAGCUGACUUUCUUCCUUACGAUAGGCGAUUACUGCGAUGUUUACCUUACGCACGACUCAAUGAGCGUGCGCAAGGCUCACAACAGCGGUCGAAACCAUCUCCGAAACGUUGUCGACUACUACCAGCAAAUUGGCCACGAAAAGGCUCAGUCCGUCAUUGAUUCCAUCACAUCAUCCUACGCCGCCGAGGGCCAAGCACACGCCAACCCCAUGCUUCCUCAUAACCAACCAGGAAACGCCUUCCCUCCGCCUUUCCCAUUCCCUGGAGGUGCCCCUCCUCCUUUCCUAGGUAUGCCUGGAGCACCGCCUGGCCAAUUCCCCCAGGGCCUUCCUCCUCCUCCCGGCCGCGGCGGACCCCCUCUGCCAUUCCCUCCUCCCGGCGCCCACGGUCUGCCUCCUAUCCCUCCAGGUGGCCUUCCUUUCCCUCCACCUGGCGGUCUGCCGUUCCCACCUCCAGGUGCUGCUGGUGCCCCGCCGGCAAACUUUGCUGGCUUGCCUGGCUUUCCUCCUGGUGGUGUACCUCCCCCUGGCUUCCCGCCUGGCCGUGGUGGCCCUCCUGGACAGGAUCGCCGCUAAUGCUGGAUGACUUGUGCUUGUAUUUUUAAACACCACAACAUUUCGUUGCUAUCUGGAGUUCUCGGAUGUGCGGCACAUUAGUGCUUUAUAUCGGCGUAUCGGCGUUUCUCUCUGUUGUAAAUUUGGAGCUAUAUUUUAAAUAUGAAAAACAUUUCUACAUCAUAGUACAUUGUUUUCUACAAACAAGGCGGCUUUCAAUGUGAAGCGAGUCUGAUAUUACUGCUUGAUGAAGUACUGACUGUGCACCCAAUUGGUUUGCGUCAUCAACGUAGCUCAGAUCUCUACCUAUUCCCACUGGCUCAAGUUCAGCUUCAUUCCAUCCCUGUUCAAAGUACAAAAUCUCCAUCGCGUGUCUAUAACUAUCAAAACAGAUGCUGCUGAUAUCCAAAAGGUGCUCUAAGCGUAAAAUAGCGUGUCAAAGUCAUUCAUGCGUGCGUACGUAAAGGCCUGCCGGCCUCUGAUCCUGUUUUCAUAAAGUGGUGUUGUGUUCGUUAAGUUCAUGGCCAUCAUAAGGCUAUCUUCAACCCGUGAAGCUAGCUUCUUGUUCGCUUUUCCCUCCGUCUCCUUCAUUCCCAUCAAUCAUAUCCGUCGUCAAAUAUCGGGCACAUGUACAUAUUGAGAGUGUCGCUCAUUCCCAGGUCCAUCGUGCCGAAUCACCUCGCCCAUGCUGUCCCGGACUUCACGAGGCGCACUAAUAGACUGCCUUAACUCCUGAGUGCGCCGCUCUCGGCGCCGUUCGCUGAUAAUGUUCGAGAUAUAUGGAAGCUCAUCUAAUUUGCUGCUCAAUGAAAACCGGCGCUGUAAGCCACCACCCUUUCUGGGAAAGAUGGGGCCUCGUUGCAUUGAGCCGCCUUUAGCAGUAGUAGCCUGAUCCUGCAUUUGUGUCGAGUGUGGUAAUGAUUCCGCACUGCUGCGGCGCUUCAUCACCUUCAAACUCCCACUGUCUGUGCGGCGGAUUGUGCGUCGCUCAGGACUCGGAAGCGCUGAAGGAUACACCUCAUCGUAACGGGUAGGCAGGAUCGAAAAUGUUGUCUUGAUUCGGUUGCUCAGACUUCGUUUCGGAGCAGGACCGUGGCUGCGGCUACCGUGAUGAGGACACUUGCUUCCAAAUUCACAUGGCUGGGAUCCGUCUUGUGGCUGCCAGAACGGAUGCAGCUUGUGAAUUUCUGGUGGCUCAAGCUCAUCCCUUGUGUGCGUCGGCAGCCACUCCAUGUCUGUCUUUGAGCGUGGCCGAAGCCCCGUAUCAAAGGUCUUGCCUAGGUGUCGGGAUAAGGAGAAAGUUCGCGUUAGCAGGUUGGGUUGCUUCGUUGAGCUUGGCGGAUAGUCAAUUGAGUUUCGACGUCGGCGAAAGGCACCUCGCAAAAUAGAUACUCGACGGAACGGGCUUGAGUCAGAUGUAUCAAAAUAGCUGCGCAAGUUCUUGUCAUGGUCCUGGGCAGUGCUCUCGCCCGAGGGAGUAGCAGGAAUUAGGUGAAUAGCAGGGGGGCCAGCGCUAGGCGCAGGAGGGGAUGGCGGUACUCGAGGGUUGCGAAGAGGAGAAUUAUAGUCGGUGUUGAUCUCUCGCGUUUGAUCUGGGGGAGUGACUGGCAAGAUAUCGUCAGGUCCACUCGCGACUAUAAUAGGAGCCGCCUGGGGGACUGAGUCUUUGGGCUGCUCCAAGGUGCGAUCAGAUGCUUCCGAAGGUCGGUUUGAGUGGUUUACUACCAAAACAGACGAGUUUUGGUGCUGAAACAUUUGUAUGGCGUGCGCCUCGGAAACCUCUGCCGCGGUGCCCAUCGUGUCGAGAGAGGCAAUCGAAAAUGGGGUAUUGCGAGACGAAAACUUCCUAGCAGAGAGGUUAUCUAUGCUAAUAACAUCAAUCAUGUCGUCGUCUUGAUUCUCCGUCUGCUCAAAUGAAAAUCUCCUGGCUUUUGGGGUGCUGGUGGCUGCUUCUACAGCCGGUUCAAUGUUGAUCGUAGGGCUGAUAUUUAUAGUAGACUUUGCGCUUCGCGCCGCUAGAGAUGUAGUUCGCGAAACAUUUCGGCUAGUCGGAGCAGAAAGUGAAGAAGAGCGCGGAGGAAUUGCGGGUGGAAAGUCAAUCGUAAACUCAUCAUCAUCGCCAAUGGUAAUGGACGACCGCCGGGGUCGUCUAGCUUGAGACGCGGUAUUUGGAACCGAGUGCUUCGGCCUGUGCAAGUCAAUACCCGUAGAAUCGAAGCUAUUGGAUCGCCUGGAGCGACUCCUAGAAGUAGAACGCAACGAAGGCUCUCGGCUGUGUCUGCUGCGGUGAGACGACUGGCGCUCUGGAACUAUAACAACAGGAAUAGCGCCGCUGUUCCAUACUUCGCGACGAGCUCUACCAUUGGAUAUAGACCUGGGCGGACGAGUCGCCGGUACUGGGUCUUCCGGGGCCGGUCUGUCGUCCAAUCUGGAAUCCAUAGGUAAGGAUGCAUUUCGGGUAGAGGCAGCAUCACGCCGCGGAAGGAUCGUCUCCAUUUGGCUGGCACUGCGGAGGGUUUGAUGCUUCUUAACAUGUCUCAAAGUUUGCUGCCUUCGCGGCAUACGCUCCAUUAAGAGGACUUCAACGACAGGUGAAGCUCCGGAUUGUGCCGAUGUACCGGAGGAUCGUUUUGCAUCAACACUAAAAGAUGUUUCGGACAGAGAUGGCCUGGAUGAGCUAACUGGAGAAGCGUCUGGUAAGGCGCCGUCCCUAGUAUGCAUGUACCUAGCGGCACGGCUUGCUGCAGUCAUAUUUACAACGUUGUCUUCGACUAUAAGACCAUGUAGAGUGGGCUCUGUCAUGUUUCGAGGUAUCCGCGGGUCAUGUCGUUUCUUGCGGCCAUUGAUAAUUUGCGUAGCGCGUUUAUCCUGGUCACUCUCUAUUCUGCGGUCCUUUUCCAGGUCGGCGGCAAGGCUCCAUUUACCGUCAGAGGCAAUGAGGUCGGUUUGGGUCCUUGGGGUAUAUAGGUCAUCAGGAUGUGUUGCCAAUUGUUGCAAAGCAUUCUCUACAGCUGCGGAAUGCACAGCACGCGGAUCCUGGAAUCUGGUGUUGUUUUGGAUGGGCAGCUGAUGGUUUGCACUUGCGACUGGCGCGGAGCGCCCCAUGAACUUAUGGGCUUCAUCCUCAGAAGACAUUUGCUCCUCUCGAGCGGUGGUAAAUGAUUCCGUGACGGACUCAGACGGCGUUGUUCCAGUGAUGGAGCGGUCUUGACUGGGGCGCAGCGUUUUCACGGUGGUUUGUGCUUGUGGCGGCGUGACGUCGGGAGUCGGCGGACUCAUCUGCUCUGGAGGGGUUACUGGAGGGUGCCGAAGCGUGGCCUGCGUUGUUUGCACCCUGCGGGAAUCGACAGUGCGACUAUGCUGGGUGUGGUGAUGGUUUCCAGAGGAAGCCCGAGCCUGUGGAGGGGGAGUCGGCGGGAGAUCUGGGCCUGAGUCCAUGCGCCUGGCUUGAUGCUUCACGGGCCGCGAGCCAGCGCCUUGUAACCUUGUGGUUGCGGCGAGCGCGGCAGUGAGCAUGAUGGGAUCCUUCGGUCGCGUAUGGCUCCUUUGGCCGAUAAAAUGCGAUUCCUGCGGCCUGGGUAGGUUCUUGUGCUUUUUAAACUGCGGCGGUGUAUCCAUGAGGUUCGAGUGUUGGUGGCCAUAAUCACCUGUUGUUGGGUACAUGAUGGCGGACGCUGGCGCAGCGGGAGUAGCGGCUAGCAUGCUCGGCGUCAACGGAGUUCGUACUGGUCAAUCAUGAGCAUUCAUGGGUUAUCCUUUGCAGUCGGGAGAAGAUAUGACAUAAAAUGGCCUGUUCGCGAAAAAAAGGGGGCAAGAAGAAGAAGAAGAAAAACUGCGGCAGAGGAAAUUUGCUGCAGGUCAAUGGAAAUGAAUCUGCAGGUGGUGAGGGCGGCGGCUUGCUGGGUCGGGUAAAGUGGAAUCUGUAACUGAGCACAAUGCGACAUGCAGCGGGUUCGAGAAGGUUACAAAACCGAGGGAAGAUGCCGGGUGGUUGUAUGUCAAAAGAUGAACGCAACGCUCCAGAUCAGUUAAAAAAAUAACGGGCUCCAAGGAAAUUGAUGCUAACAGGCCCCAGAGUUGCAAUGAACCAAGUUUGGAGGGUUGGGGGAAUGCUUUUGGUGAGACAGUAGGUAGGAGGGGGCCAAAGGGCGCAACGGACGUUGUGCUACUACUUGGCAGGGUUGUGUUGGUCCUUGAAUGGGGGAGACCUGUAUGCUUAUGCUGGGCGGUUUAGGCGGGCCUCGAGAGUAGCCGAAGGCGCAUGGUUACUGGCAACAAAAACGGUGGUGAUGAAAACUGUUGUGAAGCAGGAUGAGAUGUUUGUGAGAGAAGAAUGCGGAGGAGUACGAGGGCAUAAAGGUGGCCAAGGGGCAGGGUGCUGUGGCACUGGCGUGCACUGGCAGCGCAGGUGCUGGCCAGCUGGCGGAUGCAAGACGAGGGCGACGACUCGCAGGCAAAGGGCUGCGUGGACGUGGUGACUUGCAGAAAGAUUGCGCAGCGCAGCGCAGUGUUACAGUCCCGAGGGCAG